CUGCAUGCUCUGCAGCAAUGUCAGCGAGUGACUUGGGACCAAAGUCCAACAUCACAUGACUGUAAGAUUUCAGGAAGUGACUGUUAAAGAACGCAUGUGAGAAAUCACUGUGCUUAAAAAGACAUGGAGAUCAGCUGUGUGUUGCAGUGCAUGAUGCUGGUAGCCAGUGUGACACCAACGUCUGCUGCAGCACAGCCUGGUAUCAUAGAGAGCCUCCUGCUGGCCACCCACCAGCGUCCCUGGCUCUGGGGUGUUUAUGUCUUCACUGUUGGACUUCCCAUCAUUCUCUUCAUUAGCUUUGUGUGGCCUGACAAGAGGUUUGGGCCCCCUGAUCAACAGUAUUACUAUAAAAAGUCUGAUGAUGCUCAACCAGAUGAUCCAGAGUUCUCCCAGGGGACAGAAUCAUUGGAUAUCAAGGGGAGGGCUGACAGAGCUGUAACAAGGAGGAGAGACACUCAUGGAAACCAGAAGACAUCUGGCUUAGACCUGAAGGAUCGCUGAUGAGUGCAACGUCCUCAGGAGAAAAUAAACACUACCAACAUACAAGAGGAUGCAGAGCGAUUACAUCAAUGGCCAGUCUUACUAAUGACCGAAUUAAACUACACUGUGAACACAACAAAGUCUCAGCACUGACUGUAUUAUGGUUUUGCUUCAUAUACGCUUGUAUAAUUUUAAUUUCUUAUACAAUGCAUUGUUUAUCGAAUAUUAAUACUCCCAUUGUGUGUAUUAAUUAUAUUUUUUGAUUGACACACAUUGCCAAAUACCAUGCAACAUAAGUGUUACAUUUGGAGUUGGAAUAAAGGACUUGGAUUC